AUGAGCAAACUGAAAAAUAACUGUUACUGUCCUUUAUUUUUUUUUGUGGGCAAAGAAGAUGAGAAUGAAAUAGUUAUUGAAGAAGCUGCGGUUGUGCAUGGUGAGCCUCUGCAAGAUGGGAAUGGUCCUCCGAAAGUCGACACUGCUGUUGAAAUUCUUCAAGAGAAAGUCACUAAGCAAAUCAUUAAGGAAGGUCAUGGUCAGAAGCCAACAAAAUAUUCAACAUGCUUUUGUAAGUUCCAAGUAGCUUCUUCUUUUUUUUUUUUAAUAACUCCUAUGCAUCGACAUAUUGCCCUUCCUUUUUUGGUCCCCUUUCGAGUUCAUGACUCUGGGGAACCUCUUAGUAUUGUAUUCUUUGUUGCCCAAGGUUCUGGUACAGCUGUUGUUGUCGCAUAUGGUGUCUCGUGUUGGGCAUGGACUGAAAGCACUCGACACAAGUUUGAAGAUACAUGGCAUGAACAACGACCAGUUGAAAUGGUUUUAGGAAAAGAGAAGAAAGAAAUGGCGGGUUUAGCUGUUGGUGUGUCCAGCAUGAAGGCUGGUGAACGUGCCCUCUUACAUGUGGGCUGGGAAUUAGGCUAUGGGAAAGAAGGAAACUUUUCUUUUCCAAAUGUUCCUUCCAUGGCAGAUAUAAUAUAUGAAGUUGAGCUUAUUGGAUUCGAUGAAGUCAAAGAAGGGAAAGCUCGUGGUGACAUGACCGCAGAAGAGAGGAUUGGUGCAGCAGAUCGAAGAAAAAUGGAUGGAAAUUCUUUGUUCAAAGAUGAAAAACUCGAGGAGGCUAUGCAACAGUAUGAAAUGGCCAUUGCAUAUUUGGGUGAUGACUUUAUGUUUCAACUGUUUGGCAAGUAUCGAGACAUGGCGUUGGCAGUUAAGAAUCCAUGUCAUCUUAACACAGCAGCUUGUCUGAUAAAGCUUAACCGCUAUGAAGAGGCCAUUGCGCAAUGCACCAUUGUAUUGGCAGAGGAUGAAAACAAUGCUAAGGCUCUGUUCAGAAGAGGAAAGGCCAGGGCAGAGCUUGGGCAAACAGAUGCUGCCCGGGAAGACUUUCUCAAGGCACGUAAACAUGCACCUGAUGACAAGGCAAUUACAAGGGAGUUGCGAAUGCUGGAUGAGCAUGAUAAAGCUAUAUACAAGAAGCAAAAGGAGAUAUACAAAGGAAUUUUCGGACCACCGCCGCCACCAAAACCCAAGCCAACUAAUGUGCUGAUUCGCAUAUGGCAAUGGUUAAUCCUCAUCUGCCAAUGGAUGCUUUCACUGAUUUAUCGCCUCUUCAAGCGUGAAAGGCUCAAAGCCGACUAG